AUGUGCGACGGGGAAGGAGAAAAGAUGGCGGCGGCCAUGGUACAAAUGUCUUGUUUGUACCGCGGGAUGUUAGCGGUCAGAGCUACUGGGAUUCGACCGCUAAUUCCGGGUCUUGCGCCAUUGCAGUUUAGGGCUUUUUCCAUGAAGAAAGAGCCAGAGUUAGAGGAUAAUCCAUAUUAUAGUAAAUAUGAAGAAAAGAUAAAGCAGCUACGGAGAGCGAAGCCGCAGGAAUACAAUGCUAGACUGGAAAAGCGCAGUGAAGUGAAGAGGGAACCCCUGGGACAAUCCAAACAAGCAGAAUUUAUCAAACUUAUGGAGCAGGAGCUUGAACAGCGAGACAAAGCAGGUCCUGCUGGUUUCACUAAAAAUAAGACUCUUGGAUCGAUUCUAAACCUGGACAUGGUGAAGGAUAAGUCGGGUGUAGAAAUAGGAGAGCUUUGGAUGCAGUAUUUUUCAACAAAGGACACAAUUAGUGCAGUCAUACCAGGGCAAACAUUUGAGAAGAUGUUCAGCCGAGCAAAGACCUGCCCCACGUUCCUGUAUGCCCUACCUCGCGAAGAGGGCUAUGAAUUCUUUUUGGGUCAGUGGUCUGGUCAGGAGCUCCACUUCACCUCCCUCAUCAAUGUUCAGACUAUGGGGGAGAAUGCACCUAGUCAGCUUAUCAUGUAUCACUACUCAGACCUGCAGAAGGACAAGGGCAUUGUGCUAAUGACUGCUGAAAUGGAUGGAAAAUUUAUUACUGUUCAUCAGGCUCAGUGUUUGGCCAAUCAAGUGCAGCUGUUCUAUGGCUCUCAGCGACUUGAGACCUUCCGAUUGGUGGAGACCUUCAACCACAAACCAUCAGAAUUCAAACACAUGUCUGUCAUAGCUGAGCUAGAACAGAGCGGGAUAGGACAAGGGAUCUCACCAGUAAAGUCCUAGACCAGUGGAGUAAAAGACUGGAAGUGAUGACCACUGUGGGACUAUAAUGAGAAGAAAGAUGGAGACAGAAGCACUAUCUUAAUGAAAGAGUCCAUACAUCUCACUACUACCACCCCCCUCCCCAAAUCUCUGUAAACACAAGGUGAUCUUCUCCUUGUGUGUAGUCUGAUACCAUCUGACUCAAGUAAUGUGAGAGGAAAGGACUUUUGUUUUCAUAUGUGUGAAAACCUGAACCCCUUGUAUGUAACAAAUCUGCUACAAUGUACGCAGCUUUAGAUGUUCUGUCAACUGCCUUAAAUGUUCCCAUUCAAUGGAGUAUGGUUUUUUUUUUGUUUCCAAGGUGAUCCUCUGAGUUCUAUGUAUAACCAUUGUACGUGAACGAUUAUACAUGCUUCUAGACAGCAGUAAAAGAGAUGAAAUGGUUUGUGGUUAUCUGCUUACGGUUUUAUAAUUAAGGGAAUGACUUUUUUCAUUUCCUCUACACUGUCGCACUGUUAAAGAUUCAUGCCCACAAAUUGAAUGCUGGAAGUGUUUGUUUUAACACCGAUUUGCUGUGGCUAAGCAUGAGAAACACACCCCGUAGGAACACCUUUGCUGGUUUUCUUCCCACAAUACAGCCAAUAAAAAUUGUAAUUAUGAAAAAUUAUUGUGGAUGAUGGUAUUAAAAGUGAACUUAUAACAUUGGAGAGCAGUGUGGAGGCUGGUUGCCACCGCUAUUGUCCUCUUUUCUCGUAGUCUGGCAUAAUAAAAUGAAAAAUACAACCUGAAAUGUUUUUGUGAAUGAAUCACAGCUUUG